AUGGACCCCGCGGACCUGGUUUCUCGGCCAUGCUUAUGUUCUUUGCCAACUGAGGUAAAGCAAGCCAUUCUAUGUCGUCUUCCAAAUCUACACGCGCUGAAGGCCGCAAAGUUGAUCACUAUUCAAGUGUUGUUGAACUUGAUCCCUCAUGAACUACUCCCCGAUGCUGCGUUUGCGCUCGAUGCAUCGUCUGUUGAGGGUUGGACAUGGUCCCGUGGAGCCAUGACCCAAAAUUGGACGCGGGAGAAGGUAUCUAUCGCCCUGAAUGACGCGUUUUCCAUGCAAAAGUUAUAUCAGGUCGUCGAAAUUUUCACAUCGGACUUCAUUACUACCGCCCUGUCAAGUAGUACUGCCUUGCCACAAUGUCCACCGUCCUCGCAGGAAUGGAACCGGGUGGCAAGGAGCUUCUACCGACUAGAGGUGUAUAGACAUCUCUUCAGGAAUAGAGAUGACUAUGACUAUGGUGACAAGUUUGAAAGACCAAAGCCCUCACCUGAUUUUCAAGAAGAAGAGCAGUGGGACGUCUAUUACAAGCACUAUGCUGUUUGGGAAUUGGAACAGCUUGCCACGGCCGGUGAAUAUCUAUUUCGAAAGACCGCUAUCCCCUUCAACGAGAUUGCUGAGCAUGAUGUGGACUGGGGAAGCUCAGGGAUAAAUUAUGGCAUGAACGAUGCUUGGGAGUUCAAUCAGAGAUAUGGUUACAUACCAGGGCUGCUUUCCAACGGCCUAGAAUUUAUUCUUGAAGCCACCACAGCACCAACGUACGAACAACGCAAAUUACUUUUAAACCGCAAGCUCAAAGGGUCAUAUCCCUUUUUACCCGGCUUGCUUCAAUGGAUUUUCCAGGGGGGAGUUCAAGACUCAACUCCUUUGAAAGAGUAUGCUAUUGGACAAGCCAAGCUAUUGCACAUCCCCGAAGUACCAGAGCCUGAUUCAGGACCCGCUGAAUUUGUCUGGAGUGUCCAUUGCCGUGAGUUGCGCGCAUGGGGCAUUUACUCUCAACCGUUCACAUUACCACCGCUUACUGAUGAAGAGGAGCUUCAGCGACGGAAGGACGCCACGAUUGCGUCGAUGGUGAAGAGAAGGCGGCUGUUUAGGGAAGGAGCCAGGGGUUGGUGGGCUGAAGGAGAUGAAUCUCACCUUGAAUGGGGAAAGCCUCCACAAUUUUCCGAUGAUGAAGAGGACUGGGAGGAACGAUUCAUAGAAUUGAUAAGUGAUUUAUAG